GUGAAAAGGUGGAAGGUUUUCUGGAAACGCGUAAAUCCCGUGUUGAACAGAAGAUCCAACAGCGUAGCAAAUUUCAACAAUUAUUUUACAGUGACAGUCUAUUGAAUGAAUGGUAUUUUAUUUACAUUGUUCCGUUCAGGAGUGAAAUAAAUAUUUGGAUUAGAGUGGUCCAUUGAUUGGCUAGAGGGUGAAUACAAAUAAUCAUAUACCGGGAUGCUGGAUGUUAUAAUAUCGCACAGAUAACUUUUUAUUUUCUUAUGCCAAGAAAUUGAGAGAGGCUGAAGAGAAUAUCACAUGAAUUGUGGACGAAUAUGUCAAAACUAAUGAGACUAAACCUAAUUUUUAAAUAUUUUUCGUUAAGAUUGUUUUCAAACGCGGAGGUGCAAUAAACCACGAAUCAUUAUUGUCCACACCCUUCGCUAUAAGCUACGCGCAGUAAGGAUAUUUGACGAGAAAAAACUACCACAAAUCGAUUUAUUUAUCUCGCUAAGAAACUUAUAGUAUUGACAGUCGUCAUGUAAGUGUGACAAAACUGUUCCAAGACUUUAUGCAGACGUUAAUCAGAAGCCAGGAACUUCCGACGAACGAAUAAAUAUAUCAAAAUAAACAAGUGGUAAAGGGUUUGCGCGUUAAUUAGUAUAAUUAAAAAUAACAGUCUCUGAAGAAUUUAUUACGUAUAUUUGUUUAAUUGUUUUUUCCCUGGAUGCAGGUUUUUUCUGAAAUAUUUUUAAGAAUUACAUUAUCUAUGUACACAUGUACACUUAAUAUCGAUUGUGAGGACAAUAAUAUUGGUAAAGUGCGGGAAAAUAUUGUACGGCACAAUUAGUAGUUACAAUGGACCACAUAAGUGAGUUCGAUAUUAGACUUGAAAAAGAGGCGUAUUAUGCUGGAGAAACUAUACACGGCCACGUCAUUUUACACACAACCGAAAAUUUCAAAUUGAGAUCUAUUAGGGUAUCAUUGCGGGGUCAGGCACACGCAGAAUGGAAAGUACUCGUUAGCGGUGAUCGGCGAAGCGUUAAAGAUGAUCAAUAUUUUGUUGACGAGAGGCUGGUCAUAUGGGGCCAAGAUUCAUCGGAAGGUCCUGUGCCAAUAUUACCUCGUGGGAAACAUCAGUUUCCAUUUCGAUUCAAUUUACCUGAAAGUGCCCUGCCCUGCAGUUUUGAAUCUCGUACUGGCUGCAUUAGAUACUACAUAAAAGCAACAGUUGAUAGACCUUACGCCAGUCCGCCACAGGGUUUUAAAUACUUCACCUUGAUCGGGCCUCACAUAGACUGUAUGGAUGAACAAUAUCUGAAACCAAUGGUUGGAAAUGAAAUAUAUGCUUCCUGCUGUUUCUGCUGCACGCGUUAUCCAGUAGAAUUAAGUGCCCAGUUAGAAAGAAGCGCUUAUGUUUGUGGAGAGAGCAUCAAGUUACGCGCCGCAAUGGACAACAGAGGAUUAGAAAAAGCUUGGCUGAAAGUUAAAUUGACACAGUACGUGGAAUUUUUCAUCGACCGUGGUGUUCUUGGAGCGAGUAGGGAGCAACAGAAAAUGGUUUUAGAGUACAAGGGCGACCCAGUGCAACCUGGUUCAGCUAUGAAAUGGGACUCUGCCAAAACGAUGGUUUUACCAGUAUGUCCCCCAACGUUACUAGGUGUCUGCCGGCUCAUUCAAAUCUAUUACGUUUUGAAGGUCAGUGUGGAAUUUGAAAAGGCAGGGGAAGAUCUUCAGAUGCAUUUUCCUAUAACUGUUGCAACUGUUCCAUUCCGGAUACCAAACAGCGUUCAUCAACCACAAAUAAAAUAUGAAGUUGCAGCUGAGCACGUAGAAGGAGGUUGUUACAUAGGACCAGAAUUUUUACUUGGCCAGGUCUACGAUGGAUCGGAUGUAACGCAACCUUCAGCCCUUGUUUUGUACAGACCCGUGUACGUAUGCACCACAAACGACUGUAGAGGUCACGAACAUUAAUAAGAGGAAACUUUUCAUAUAUUGAAAAUUUCAGGGUAAUAUUAUGUAAAUGUCGCGCAAUUAAGAACUUCAAAUUUUGUAUUAAAUCAAAAGUUCUGGACUGACUGAUUUCUUAUGUUUCUAGUAUUGCUUUUAAUAGUACUAAACUGACGAAACGACGUUUAAUGUUGAAAUUAAAAA